AUGUUCGCAAGAGAAACUCACUUCGUAAACGGAUUCCUAAAUCAAUAUGGUCCCGAUUUUUAUAAAUCGUUAAAGGACACCAACCUUCCUUUACGUACUCCACGUAAAAAGAAUGGAAAAAUUCCACGACCCCCUAAUUCGUUUAUAUUGUUUAGACAAUACGUUUCUGAAUACGCAAAAAGACGUGGAUUGACAUUUGAAUACGAGAAUGAGCAAAUAGUUUUAAAAUCUAGCCAAGCGUAUUUGGGAAAGGUUUCAUCUUGCCUUUGGGUAAACCUUCCCAUUGAUACAAGACUCAUUUUUAAGCAAAUGUCCGAAACGGUCAAAUAUUUUCACGAGCUAAAUUACCCCGAAUACAGAUAUAGUCCGAACAGACAAGCACAUAUUUUUAAAGCAGGGAGGAAAUUUAAAAAAUCAAAACCUGUGAAAGUAGUCUCCGAGGAAACGAUCCCACAGACUAAUAUUUUGAAUCAACAAAAUUUCAACCACCUUAACCAACCUAUGACUCCCAUUAAUGACCAAUAUUUGGGAGCUGAUUACUCUAUUUUGACCGAAUACACUUUUACGGCGACGCUUCCUAGUCAAUCCUUGCAUCCAUAUUAUUAUAAUAUGUACAAUAAUUUCUUCAUUAACGAAUUCGAAUUUUAA